AUGCCUCUCGGGAUUCUCGAAGACUAUAAGUUGGAGCACGUGCCGGGCACGUCGCCCCUUAAUGCGCUCAACAGCCUCGAUCUCGACCUCGAUGGGGUUGACGCGAGCACCCUGAAACACGACAAGAGCGGGAAGAUCAUCCUCGUCCCCCAGCCAUCCGACUCGCCAAACGACCCGUACAACUGGCCGAGAUGGAAGAAGGAGAUGUUCACCCUGGCCAUCGCAUACGGCUGUGGCUGUGUUGGAGCUGUCGGACCCCUCUUGACAUCGGCCAUUGUUCCCCUGGCUGAGAGCUUCGACAUCCCCCUGCAGACCUUCACCCUCGGCUUACAAGGAUCCUGCAUUGCCGCCAUUGCGCUAUCCAGUCUACUCUGCAACACCCUCGCCGUCAAGAUCGGCAGGCGUCCCAUCUAUAUCGCCACGUCCAUCGGUCUCAUGGUCACCUGCUUCUGGGCUGCCGAGGCGAAGAGCUUCGGGUCGUUGGCCGCUGCCCGCGCCAUCCAAGGAUUCUGCAUGGCCCCAAUGGAGGCCCUGAUCCCGGCUUCUAUUGCCGACAUCUGGUUUGUCCACGAGAGAGGCUACCGCACUGCCAUCUUCAACCUCGGAGUCCUCGGUGGCAUCAACUUGGCUUCCCCGAUAGCUGGCUCCAUCAUCCAAUACGGCUCCUACAAGAUCUGCCUGCAUGCCAUGGGCGGCGCCUUUGCCCUACAGGUAAUCAUGACUGUCCUCUUCAUGCCCGAGUCCGCGUACAGCCGAGUCGGCGUGAUCAACAUCGACACCGGCGAGGAUGGCAAGGCCGUCAUCAAGGAGAAGAUCCACGACUCCACCACCGAGCAUCACGAACCCCCCGCCGCGGUGGGCAGCGACGAGAAGCCGCACUCGUUCCUGCGGGAGAUGCUCCCGUACAGCGGGUACUACGACCCGGCCUCGUUCUGGAAGACCCUGCUGCGGCCCUUCAUGAUGCUCCUCUCGCCCAUGAUCCUGUGGGCAACGAUGCAGUACACCAUCCUCGUCUCGUGGCUCGUCCUCAUCUCCAUCACCCUGUCGCAGAUCUUCUCCGCCCCGCCAUACAACUUCUCCAUCGCCGCCGUGGGGGCGUCCAAUCUCUCCUCGUUCGUUGCUUCGGCCAUCGGCACGGCUGUUGCGGGACCCCUGAUCGACGGCGUCGUCAAGAUCAUGUCUAGGAGGAACAAGGGCACAUUCGAACCCGAGUUCCGCCUACCCGUCCUAGUCACGGCGCUCCUCUUCACGGCCACGGGCUUCUUCGCGUGGGGCGAGGCCCUCUACAGGGAAAAGCCCUGGCCGGUGCCCGUGAUCGUGUGCCUCGGCCUCGUCAACCUGGGCGUCCAGCUCGGCACCACGGGGGCCCUGACCUACAUCGUCGACUGCCACCGGCAGCAGGCGGCCGAGGCGUUCGCGGCCAUGAACUUUGCAAAGAACGCCUUCGCCUUCGGCCUCACCUUCUACGCGAACGACUGGAUCGCCGUCCAGGGUGUCCGGAACUGCUUCUUCGUCCUGGGCGGCAUCACGGCUGGGACGGUGCUGCUGACGGUGCCCAUGUAUAUCUUUGGGAAGAGGGCGAGGAGCUUCACUGUUAGGCAUAAGCUUAUUAAUAGGUUCGAUUAG